AUGGCUUCAAUUUUCUCAGGAUUGUACGAUCUACUGCAGGCCGUUAGGGGGGUGAACAGCACCUUCCUCACAGACCAACACGUCCCCGGCGCCAAUCUGACAGGCAAAUGGAUUAUUAUAUCCGGAUCCAACAACGGCGUCGGCUUCGAAGCAGCAAAAUCUUUCGCGUCAUGGGGCGCAAACCUAAUACUCGCCUGCCGCGAGCCACCCGCAUGGGAACUGCAUCCAACAGCCGCCGUGAACGAAUGUAAAGAACUCGCCGCGGCGCACGGCCAUUCGUCCACAAUCGAAUGGUGGCAAAUCGACAUGGCAGAUCUCAGCAGCGUCGAUGCUUUCUGUCAAAGAUGGCUGCAAUGCGACCGCGCUUUGGACUUGCUAUGCAACAACGCCGGCAUCGCAGAGUCUACCACGCAAACCCAUAUAACGAAGGAUGGGUUCCAGUUGGUUCAUCAGGUCAACUUCUUAUCUCACGUGCUGUUGACCCUUCGACUCCUACCAUCUCUGGCUCGCAGUGCCGAGCCGAGAGUUAUCUGCACGACCUCAUGCUACCACCAUCUAGGAGUCUUCGAUCUGGAUCAUGUUAAUAGUGAACUGAGCUGGAAGGGAAACGAUUAUCAGAAUAAUAAGCUUUUCUUCCAAAUGUGGGUUGCAGAGCUGCAGUCGAGACUCCUCAAAUACCCCGAGUACCUCCACAUCACAAUCAACGGGGUCCAUCCCGGCUUCGUGGCUUCGGGUAUAUGGGACGGUCUUGAGGACGCGGGUAAGGCCCCGGGUGGCCUGAACUUGCUUUUGCGGUAUGUUGCUAUCACGUCACAGCAGGGUGGAUUGGCUAUUGCCCAUGCAGCUACUAGUUUGGAGUUUGGACCAGAUCCUGAGAAGCAGGGUGUCGGUGCAGAAAAUGGGCGUGGCGGAGGGAAGUAUAUCAAUCGGAUAUGGGAAGGGCCUGCGAAAUCUUAUUGUAACGACUCGGAGGCUAGAUCGAGAUUGUGGAUCAAACUGAAUGAGGAGCUCGGUUUACAGGAGAAGGGCCUUCUGACGGUUUUGGGUCUUUAA